AUGGAUCCAGCUGCUCGUGAGGAUGAAGAGGAGAGGGCAGUGAAGGAGCUGCUGGCGCUGCAGUCUCUCGACGCGGUUGGAGGACAGCAGCAGCAGCAGCAGCAGCAGCAGCAGCAACUGCAGCAGCAGCAGCAGCAGCAUGUGCAGCACAUGCUGGAGGUUCUAAAGACAACCACAGAUACACAGCAGCUCGCAGGCAACUGCAGCGUCGGAGUGGCCCGUGGUGUUUGA